CAUUGUGACUUUUUUUUAGUUGUCCCACGCAGAUACGCUUAAGUGAGGGUUUGUGUUGAAGAGCAGUGAUAAUUUAGAGUGCAGUAUCUGGCUUUGAUAAUCACACAUGGCCUUGAGAAGUUGUUGGAGACUUGCCGGUGUUGUCCCGCGGCUUUUAUGGAAUAAUACCGUCCAGUUUGAAGCUUGCGUCCCGAGAGGACAAGGCUCUGUGUCCAGCAGUGUCAGCACUCGCCCCGGUUACAAAAAGUUGCUGUUCCGCACAUUCAGUUCAACGCCAGCGAGCACAGUCGUGAGUUAUGAGCAGCUGAAGGAGCUCCUGGUUGGGCGGAAAGCGGUAGUUAUAGAUGUGCGAGAGCCCUGGGAGCUCCGAGAAUACGGCUUCAUCCCCGGCUCCAUUAACGUCCCCCUGGCGCAAGUGAACACUGCACUCCAGCUGGGUCCAGAAGACUUCAAAGAAAAGUAUGGUGGUGAAUUACCUCACCAGACAGAUAACGUUGUGUUUACUUGUUUGGCGGGAAUCAGGAGCAAGACUGCGCUGAACAUGGCCAUCACACUGGGAUACAAAGAUGUUCAGUAUUACUCUGGAGGAUGGCAAGACUGGGUGAAGCAUGAGCAGCAUAAUCAGUGAUCAUGGAACUGGAAAGAUAUUUAUAUAUUUAUUUGAAGGUUCCUUCAUCAUCCGUGAUAAUAAAUGGGUUUGUUUUCAGCAGGGAAGAAUGUUUCCACUACAGUUUGCUGACCACCGCCAUGGACCUUGUUCCCUAUUCCUUCUUUUACAGCUUGAGCUGAAAGUCCCUGCAGAAUCAGCAAAUUUUAAUCUCACUGUCUUGUUUAAUUUGGACAAUAUUGUUUUAAGUUACUUUAGUUUAUCCUAAAAUUCAGCUUAAUCAUUGUGAGUGACAGGAAACUGGCCUCUAGGUGUCUUUUCAGAUGCGUUAGUAAAUUAUCUAGAAGUGUUUAUUGGUUUUCUUUGGGGACAUAAUUGAUAGCUUUAAAACAUACCUGACAUUGUUGUAUCACCUCAGCACUUUACAGGGGUUUUUGUUUCUUUUAUAUUUGAGCUUGGUGUUGACAGUAAUGACUUGUAAAUAAAAAUAAACAGUUUUUGAGAAUCAGAAAA